AUGGAGCACACCGUCAAGAUAGAUGGACAGCCAAAUGGUGUCGCGAGGCAAGCUUGCAGCCCUGUCAGAGUCAUCCCACAUGUCCACACCUUGAUUGGAAGGUACAUUCCAAAGAAUUACCGUCAUCAGCAGUUCAUCGAGUCGAUUCGGAGCGGCGAGUACCUUGGCUCUGAUUGGCCUUACAACUUCCUGGGUGGAACUUUCUGGAAGGAACGCCGCUACAAUGCAUCCUUCAAUCCCGUUCCCCCCGACAUGUCCGUACUGCCAGGCAUCAUGUUCUUCCCCAGGGUGAACGUUUGGGCUGUCGAGUGGUGGGAGCAGGCUUUGCAUAAUGGCGCCUGGAUGGUGCUCGACUUUGACACCCUAGAGUGUGACCUGUCAGCUUACUUUGACAAGGAUCACUUCCCCGAGUUGGUUCUAUCGCCGCACGAGCUCUUUCUGGAGGAGAACUACUUGCCGUUGCUUCGGCCAACCGAUGAGUUUGCGGCCAAGGUCACCUAUGAACACCAAGCUGCUUUGGCAGAUGGUGCUUUCCAGGACAGGACGAAAUGCCACGCUCCGGAGAGAGUAGCGGAUGUUAGUAAAAAGUUUGACCCGAAAGAUGCUUUCCGGCUGGUGGUUGCAACCAAAAAAGAGGAGCUGCCUGCUCAACUUUGUGAGCUGAUGGUGACGCUGAAGGUGGACGUUUCAGAGCAUGACGUCAAGGAGAAUGCAGGGCGCUGGGCUGGAAGAGAGCAGACGGAGAAGACAAAAUCCAAGGAGCAGUUGCAACUGGACGGUGACCUUUUGGAGUAUGCUUUUGAUGGCGACUUGGAGGCCAUCCAGAAGCUAUUGGAGAAGUCUGCCGACCCAAUGGCGAAGGCAAUGAUGGGCGCACUGCCCUGCACCGCGCCUGCUUUCAAGGGCAUCAGGCUGUCGCUCAGCUGCUGCUGGAACGCGGCAGAUCGUCAUGGUGAGCGCCCCUUUGACAUGGCCAGCAAUGACGAGACACGUGCCGUGCUGGAGGCAUGGGAUGUCUCCAAAACUGACACCUUGAAAGAGGCACGAGCUGCUGCUGUAGAUGCAGAAGACGAGAAGAACGUUCGAAACGACGAGGAAAGGCUUCAACUUGAGCGGCGGAAGCUGACGGGCAAGCUCUGUGAGCUCGCCGAGCAGGGUGACAAAGACGCUCUGAAAAUCGAGCUUCUGGACAUCCCUCGCGACAAGGCUGCAUCCUACAGAGAUGAUCGGGGCAACAAUGUGCUUCAUGUGGCCACAAUGCAUGGCAAACAAGACGUGGUUUCUUUGCUUGUUGAAGAAUUCGGCUUCCCCGUGAAUGCGCAGGAUGCAAAGGGCUGGACACCAAUCGCGAUUGCCGCAUUUCAUGGGUACAAGAAAGUUUGCCAGGUGCUGAUGACCAGAAAAGCCGACCCCCUGAUUGAGAAUGCCUACAGGAAGGAUGCUUUUGCAGUGGCAAAGGAUGAUGAAAUUCGCGAUGUGCUGAAAGGCAGCAACCCUGGCGCUCUCAUUCGGCUUUUGAACUAUUCCAGCAUCUUAUUCAUUCCUUGGCGUUCACCACUGAUGAUGACGUGA